GGAGCAGCAUAAAAGCCGGCCCAGCGCCUCUCUCCCUCACACGCUUCUCCUCACGCCUUCUCCUCCUGCUCCUGCCCACAACCAGGGACCCUCCACACCACACCCAUGGCCUGCUACGACCUCUGCCGCCCCUGUGGACCCACCCCGCUGGCCAACAGCUGCAACGAGCCCUGUGCCCUGCAAUGCCAGGACUCCCGCGUUGUCAUCGACCCUUCCCCUGUGCUGGUCACCCUGCCAGGACCCAUCAUGACCUCCUUCCCCCAGAACACCGCCGUCGGAUCCACCUCCUCGGCUGCCGUGGGCACUGAACUCAGUGUCCAGGGACAGCCCAUCUCUGGGGGAUUUGGUGGCUUUGGCUAUGGCCUUGGCUAUGGCCGUGGAUUUGGCUACGGGCUGGGCUAUGGCUACGGGCUGGGAGGCCUGGGCUGCUAYGGCAGAAGGGGCGGCUACACCUGCUAAGGGCCCUCAGCACCACCCCUGACACCACCCACCCACGCCCUGGAACACACCCCAGCCAUUGAGGACGCCUCUCUGGUCCAAGGCUCUCAGAGGUGCUCAGCGCUUCCAGCUCCUGCUCUCAGGGCCCCAAGCAARGCAGCAGCCAAGGGGCCAGCCCGGGCUGCCUGCAAACGUGGCCCAUCUGCCUCCUGCUCUUCUCCCACUCCCUGCUCUGCAUGGCCCCUUGGGCUGAAUCCAGUCCCCGUGGCUGCAAACCCCUUCUCCCAAGCCACUGACCACUGGACACUCUGCUGGGGCUGCUGCCAUUGCAGGGCAGGAAUGCCUUGGUUUUUGGCCAAACCUCCUGCAAAUGAAGGACAUCAGCUGAUGGUUUCCCUUUUUGUCCCUCUGCCCUACUCCCUUCUAUUUGCUACUCACUCUUCUUUUGCCUCAAUAAAGCUCUGUUGCAUCACA